GUGGGAGAUGAGUGGACAGAAAAAUAUAGAGGUGAAGAUCUUAGAGUGGAAGUGGAGAUGGAGUGGUCACACCCUUAGAAAAGAUACCAACAACAGAGCUACAACAGGCCUUAGAGUGGAACCCCUAGGGACGUAGAGGAAGACCAAAACGAAUGUGGCAACGCAGAACACAAAGGAAAGAUGAUGAUGAUGAUGAUACCUGCCCCUUGCAUACUUCUUCUUUUUUUGAAUUGGUAGCUGACAAAUUAUGGCCAGAAUUUCUACACUGGUGAGCACCAACUGGCUACGAGAACAAAUUCUGUGUUCUGCAAGAGGAUUACCAAAACUUACAAACAGUUUACGUGUCCUUGACACCUCCUGGAUGCCAGAUGCAGAUGUGGAUGGUUAUAAACAAUUUUAUCAAGAAGCCCACAUUCCAACUGCUUUGCAUUUUGACUUGAAGAAAGUUAGUCCACCUGUAUCUGGGUCAAAUGUCAAGUUUAAAAUACCAGAUACAAAUUACUUUCAGGAUUAUGUGGAAAAUUUAGGCAUCUCCAAUUCAACACAUGUGAUUGCUUAUGAUCGGUUUAACACAAGGCCCUCAUUUAGGACAUGGUUUCUGUUCAGGUUGUUUGGUCAUGAUAAAAUAUCAGUUUUAAAUGGAGGCUUAAGACAGUGGAUAAUGAAUGGUUUUCAUGUCACCACAGAGGAGCCAUCUGUUGAGAAAGGGGAAUUUAAAGUGAAUUUCAAGUCACACUUACUCAGAGAUUAUGAGGCAAUGGUGAAAAUUGUCAAGUCUCAGAAAGAACAGAUCAUGGAUGCAAGAGGCAGUGAAAGCUUUUACUAUUCAGAAACAGAAGAUUCAGGAGGUCACAUUCCUGGGGCAAAAAAUAUACCUUUUAGCUCUUUAUUCAAUGAAGACGGGACAGUGAAAUCUAAAAAUGAGCUUAAAAAAUUAUUUGAUGAUGCUGGUAUAGACUUGAAGCUGCCUCUUGUUUCCUCAUGUCUGACUGGAAUGACAGCCUGUGGUCUCAUCGCUGCUGCAAAUAUUCUUGGCAAAGAUGAUGUGUCCCUUUAUAAUGGCUCAUUCACAGAAUGGGGCGCCGUAUCAGAACCUAGUCUCAUUGCCAAGAUAACAAAAACUGACAGUUGACGACAAUAGAAACAAUAGAGUACAUGGCCUUGCAAAUAAAACUUUCUCUCUGUCAUCUGUUUCUAUGUUGAAAUGAAAUGUCUAAAUCAGAUGUAUACAAAGCAUGGAGAAACACUUCACAAAUUUGUUUAUAAAAAACUAUAUGAAUGACUUGAUCUUUACUAUCAUAUGUAUUGGGUGCAAUAAAGGUUAUCUCCCUCUUUGUCAGAUCUUUGGGGUGCUAUAAAAGGUAUGACCCUUUCAGUGUGCCAUAGGUGUUUUUUAGGGUUGUUUUCCAUUUUCUUAUACUCUGUUGGGCAAUCUUGCAAUGGCUGAUGAAUUUUUCUCAUUUAGGGUGGCAAUUAUUUAAUUAUGCUCAAUAACUUAUUAAACAAAAAAAACAAGAAGAUAUUAUAUAUGUGUUAAACGAAUAAAAGUGAAACUGAGUCUUUAUGCUCUAGCUGCGAAUGAGCUUCAUGUCACAUAAUUUGUAUAAAUGUACGAAUUAAACUUUAACUGCCCUUGUUU